AACGUGCAUUUGCUUGACUCAUAAUGCUUAUGUUUUUAGAGAAGCUGCAUAUUCACAAUGGCUAAACACAACAUUAGCCUUCUGAUUGCCAUCGUCCUGUCAUUGCUUCUCUUCAUCAUUGCUAUUGUGUUCAAUGCUCUGGCAGGACCAGGAAUAUACCCAUUUUUGGAGAGCACAGGUAACAUUUCAGAUGAGUUUACAACCCAAAUUACACCAUCAGGAUGGACCUUUAGCAUCUGGUCGGUCAUUUAUAUCUUUCUGGCUUCAGUGGUGGCCUACGUCCUCUCUGGCCUUUGUAGGAAAAAUGCCUAUGGCUAUGUGUACUGCAGCCCUGCUGUUUUGCCACAUGGAUUUUUUGUGACUUGGUGCCUGAAUCUGGGAUUCAACAUUGGAUGGUUGUUUCUUUGGGACAGAAGGUUGAUGCCUGCUGCGCUGGCCUUCCUCAUCCUGAUCGCCUUCACUAACUACGUCACAAUAUUCUUCUCUUGCCAUGGCCUCCAUGUUUAUGGAGCGUGGCUCAACAAAUACCACAAAGUAGACCUGUGGCUCCUCCGUGUGUUGAUACAGAAUGGUAUUGCCAUGUAUGCAACAUGGACAACCAUUGCAUCUUUAAUUAACCUGAAUAUUGUUUUGACCAGUAAUGCAAACAUGUCCCAAACGGAUGCUGCCACCGUCUCACUCUCUAUUUUGACUGUAAUCUUGUUUGUGUGGUUUAUCCUGGAAAACAUUGUGCUUGACAAACAUGUGAGGUACAUUCUCACUAUUUACCCUGUUGUGAUCUGGGCGCUGACGGGUGUAUACACGAAAAACUAUGAUGCUGAAGAUCCAAGCUUCAAUAACAUCUUCAUUGCUGCACUGUUGGCUUCAGCUUGUGCCUUAUGUGUCUCACGCAUCAUUUUGGUUGUUUGGAGACAUAUCAAAAGGCCACUAUAUGAUGAUGUCAGCCCAGAGGUCAUGUCUCCAAUGGAGAUUGCUGAGAAGCAGAGAAAGAUAUUUAAAUGAGAGUGUUUAUGCUAAACUUCUCUGUAUCAAUGCACUAUAUGUUUUCUGUGUGAUAUUUUUUACUUUUAAAUGCUUUGUGUAUGUUGAAAUUAAUGAUUUUGGCACUGCUGACACA